AUGUCGGUAUUCCUGCUUCUGUACACGGAACAUCGAGAGAGGAAGGAACGAUGUGAGAAGGUUCGGUAUUCGUGUCAGCACCAACCAACACCAACAACAACACCUCAGCACUGCAGGGGCAACAGGCAGACAGCCUCCACACCCAGUAGGAAGCCGCCUGCGGGAUGCGGAGAUCGGGAUGCGGAGAUCAAGGCUGCCCCGGCCUGCUCGCAAGCGCACCAGCUGCUUCUCGUGCAAGCGAAAAUGGCAGCAUCCCUGAAUGGCAAACCGUAGCUGGCGAACAGACAGACGGACGGGCAGGCAGGGACAUGGACAUGGACAUGGACAUGGACAUGAAGAUGGACACAGACAGGCAGACAGACAGACAGGCAGACAGGCAGACAGACGGACAGACAGACAGACAGACAGACAGACAGACAGACAGACAGACAGACAGACAGACAGACAGACACGGACAGGGACAUGGACAGGGACGUGGACAUGAAGAUGGACACAGACAGACACGACAAGGCCAUAAGAAUAACUACACCGUCAUGCAUCUACGUACCGAGACCCAAAAGUGAAAACGCCAUUGUCGCUAAUAGUCAUCAAAACACACUCAUCA